AAAUUAACUUUUUAAAAUCAUAUUUUUAAUAUAUUAAAGCCUGCACUAUCCCUUUAACUACUCUGUACUAAUUGCUGAUACGGUGGUUACUAUUAAAAUAGUGCUGACCCAGUCUGUUUUGAUUGCAGGCACUUAUUCCCGCCACCUUCACCCAUAUUUGCCGGGGGUGAUAAUGGCCGUUGGGUGAGAUCUGUUGCAUUCAGUCAUGAUGGGCUACACAUUGCUAGUCUUGCUGACGACAAGUAAGUUAAAAAGGAAUAUAUGAAAAUAUAGAUUUUUUUUAUUUUAAUUUUUUUAUAAAUGUAGAUCAGACUUACUGCAUCUGUUACAAAAAAAUUGUAAACUAAUUUUGUGAACUUGGCACAUCUGUUCUUUUCCACUUUAAUUUACUUUUGAAACUAGUAUUGUAAACCUUUCCAACAAAAGGGAAAUGUAGUUGUUCUAUUUUAUUUUUUUUCUGUCAUAUGGUGGCAGUACAUGUGGGUUUUGCCCCUUUCCUGUGGACAAGCAUCUAACAAGAUUAAUUAAAUCAACAAACCUCUCCCCCUUGCCCUAUAAAAGGGCUAUCCGGCAAAACCUACCCCAGUUUCCUUUCUUGUCCCGAGAGGGAAGGACACAGCAUCUGGAGGGUAAGACACACAGGCUGCUGGUCUGGGGGAAUCCGGUCCGAGAGCUGCCUAGUUGGUUAGCGGAGAGACCAUGCUCCUUCCGUUAUGGUUACGGAGCAAGUGGAUACAUUGCCUUUUAUGCCGAGAGUGUUCCGGCAAGUACUUCCUGGAGGCGGUCUUGAGGCAGGUACAACUAAUGGAAGCCUGCGCACAGCGGUGGAACGCACGCAAAUGCGCAUACCAAAACAUUAUUUAAUAUUUUUUUUUUUUUAAAGCUGCAAAAUUUGAUGCUCGGCGUAGAUGAAGCUGUGCAGUACCCACUGGCAGCAUGGAUGCUUGCCAGAAGUGGUACGCCGUGUCACCAGCCCCCCACACGACUCAGAGGCAUUUUGAGGUAAGAUUAGUUCAUCUUUCCUUCAAAAUGAUCUCUGUAAAAGUUUAUACACUUAAUUUACAAGAAGUAUGAAGCUACAAGGAAAAGAAGAGGACGAAGAGUGGUAACAAGCUUUUAUUUCAGGAUGAGUUGUUGUGGACCACUUUCCCUAUAGUGAAAGUUUAGGCAUUUAAACCCUAUGGACAUAGGGCUGAUAUCUCCUGCAAAGACACAGUAUUGUGUCCACUAUAUGCUUUAUGUAUGAGUUACUGUGAGCAGUGUAUAUACCCACUAUAUGCUCUAUGACGAGUUACUGGGAGCAGUAUACGUACCCACUAUAUGCUCUAUGACGAGUUACUGAGAGCAGUAUAUGUACCCACUAUAUGCUCUAUGACGAGUUACUGGGAGCAGUAUAUGCAGUAUAUGUAUCCACUAUAUGCUCUAUGACUGGUUACUGGGAGCAGUAUAUGUACCUACCAAAAUGCUCUAUGACUGGUUACUGGGAGCAGUAUAUGUACCUUCCAAAUGCUCUAUGACUGGUUACUGGGAGCAGUAUAUGUACCUACCAAAUGCUCUGUGACUGGUUACUGGGAGCAGUAUAUGUACCAACCAAAUGCUCUAUGACGGGUUACUGGGAGCAGUAUAUGUACCCACUAUAUCCUCUGACAAGUUACUGGGAGCAGUAUAUGUACCUACUAUAUGCUCUAUGACGAGUUGCUGUGAGCAGUAUAUGUACCCACUAUAUGCUCUAUGACGGGUGGCUAGGAAGACUCCGCUUCAGAAUAUGUAUCCACUAUAUGCUCUGUGCAUGAGUUUAUAUGAGGGCUCAGCCUCAGUAUGUGUACACACUAUAGGCUCUUUGUAUGAGUUAUGAGGACAAAACCUCUAUAGAUGUAUCCACCAUAUGUUCUAUGACGCCUUGAUAUGUAUCCACUUAAUGCGCUAUGUAUAGUUUCUAUGAGGACUCAGCCUCAGUAGAUGUACCCACUAUAUGCUCUGACGAGUUGAAGUGUGGACUCUGCUUCAGUAUUUGUAUUCAUUAUAUGCGCUAUAUAUGAGGUUUUAUGAGGACUCAGCUUCCGUAUAUGCUCUAUUUAGGAGUUACUGUGAGGACUCCAUAUAUGUAUCCACUAUUUGCUAUGAGUAUUAUGAGGACUCAGCCUCUGUAUAUGUAUCCACUAUGUAUCCACUAUAUACUUUGUCGAGUUUAUGUGAGGGCUUCAGUAUAUGUAGCCACUAUAGGCGUUAUGUAUGAGUUACUAGGAGGACUCAGCCUCAUUAUUUGUACCCACGAUAUGCUCUAUGUAUGAGUAUUAUGAGGACACAGCCUCUGUAUAUGUAUCCACUAUAUGCUCUAUGACGAGUUGAUGUGAGGACUUUGCUUCAGUAGAUGUAGCCACUAUAUGCGCUAUAUAUGAGUUCCUAUGAGGGUUCAGUUUUCGGUAGAUGUACCUUUUUAUAUACUUUAUGCAUGAGUUCUGAGAACACCGCCUCAGUAUAAUGCCCUAGGUUAUAGUUACUAUGAGAACAUAACCUCCCGUAUAUGUAUCCUCUAUAUGCUUUAUGUAUGAGGUACUGGGAAGACAGGGCCUCAGUAAAUGUCUUCACUAGAUGCUCUAUGGAUGAGUUACCAGGAGGUUACUGCCUCAGUUUAUGUAUCCUUAUUAGGCUCUAUAUAUGAGCUUCUGUGAGGAUGCCGCCUCGGUAUAUGUAUCCACAGGAGCUGCGUAACCUUGGUAUAUAGCAUAUGUUGUUUAGGUAUGCUUUCUGUUUGAACAGAUAUCUCGGGGCAUUAUGAACGGUUAAGAGACACCCACAAGGUAUGUGAUUUCAGGGCAAACCUCAACGCACUGCAGAACAUAAUUCCUGGAGACCGGAUUAACCUCAUCUCCAAUCGUUCCUGAAUUUGUCGUUGUCAAAGGAAAAUCCCUCUUUCUCUUUAUGACUGUGGAUGUUUGGUAGUUUAUGGUUGAGAUCAUAGAUGACUGAUACCGCAUCAAAAUCGGUACUUUGUGAGCUUCCCUUGGGUAAGCAGAAGCUGUUUGGGUCUCACUUGAAGGAAAUCUUAACAUAAUGUAGAGACUAUACUGAGCAAAUUCCGAUAAAUUGAAACAGGAGAAUAGAGUGUGUAAAUAAUGGCAAUUAUAUAUAUUUUUUUUUUUUUUUUGGGAGGUCAGACGGAGGAAACAGAGGGAAACAUUUCUGACGCCAACGAUUCUACCAGCAAUCCAUAAAUUCUAUUUCUUAUUCAAGAGUUCCUAGAUCAAGUCAAACACAUUGUUGGUUUUCUCUCCCCUAUCAUAGAAGUAAGGGAGUUGGUGGUAGCAGUUCCGUUUUUCGAAUUAAAGUUCCUUUCAGGAGGCUUGUCUUCCGUCUAAAGAUCUUGUUGGAUAUCACUACAGAUGCUCUUAUCUAGUCCCAUCAUGUUUCGUGGUAAUGGUUAAGGGAGAAUCUGCAGAUUUCGGGUUUAAAAGCUGUACUUCUCGCCCUUUAUCUCUUCAGUUCAUGGAUACGGCAGAAGGCCGUAAAGAUUCAUACGGACAUUUGUACAAAGGUUUUGAUACGUCAAACGGCAGGGAGGAACCAGAGUAGGCGCUCUUUUUCGCCUCCAUGCGGUUAUCUUGCUGAGGUGCAAAAUUAUCUAGUAGAUAUUUUGGCAGUUCAAUUCUGAGGGACAGCUUCCCUCCUUCUAUAUUACAUUUUCUUGAUUACAGUAUAAGUUUUAUCAGUGUUUUUUUUGGGGUUUUUUUUUUCUUGCUUCUUACUGAGGUAGGUUUUGCUGGAUAGCCUUUUUAUAGGGCAAGGGGGAGGGGCUUGUUGAUUUAAUUCAUCUUGUUAGAUGCUUGUCCACAGAAAAGGGGUAAAACCCACGUGUACUGCCACCAUAUUAAGAAACAAAAAUUUACGAUAAGUAAAAAUUUCUGGAUUUGUAUCGGUAAAGUGCUAAUCUUUUUGGGAUCUUUUUAAUACUUUUUUUUUUUUUCUAAACUUAAUGUGGUAGCAAAUAUUACUUUAGCUGUUUAACUUUUAUUAUAAAUGUGCAUAUUCCUUUUUAGGUUGGUGAGAUUCUGGCGAAUUGACAGCUCUCAUCCUGUAGAGGUUGCACCUCUGAAUAAAGGACUUUGCUGUGCCUUUUCUACUGAUGGCAGUGUUUUAGCUGCUGGGUAAGUCAUUAUUUUGCAGUGCAUGUACAUAUUGCAUCUUCAUUACCACAUGUCUCUUGCAAAAGAGAAAAUAUGAUGCGGUUUGACUAAAUGUUCUCCUUUUGCCUGUAGAACUCAGGAUGGAAAUGUGCAUUUUUGGGCAACUCCCAAGUAUGUUUCCAGCCUUCAGCACUUAUGUCGUAUGGCAAUAAGAAGAGUGAUGACUACAAAUCAAGUUAAGAAGCUGCCUCUCCCUCCAAAAAUCAUGGAGUUUCUUUCUUACCAAAUGAUGUAGGGAAUUUUUUUAAAUUUUUUUUUCUCUCUCCCUUUACAUCUGAACCGGAUGAUGCAUUACAAGCUUUAGGCUUUAAAUGUUACAAGUUGUUAUAUGAAUAUUUAAAGUACAGUAUUUAAACAAUGAUGCAUUUCUGAUUUUUGUAUAGAGCUUUAAAUCUGGAGUUCUUUAUUCUUGGAAGGUGGAAUAGGAGUUUUGACAGCGACUAUCUGUAUAACUGUGAAAUUGUAAAUACAUGUGUAAGCUGCUAUGUGUUUUGCAUAUAUAUAUAUAUAUAUAUAUAUAUAGACCUUGUAUGUAUGGCUUCUUCAGAAUAUCUUUGCUUCAGGUUUGGAUGUGAUCAAUCAGUGUAUGCAGGGUCUCAAAAUUGAAUACAGUCGGUAUGGGGCACAGGGUCUUACGAGGAAUAAAUUAACAGCAUUUCUGCACAUUUUCCACCACUGUUUUGAAAACCAAUGUAGCAGGAGAUGGAGUGUGGAAUUUGUCAUUUUUUUUUAAAUUUUUUUUUUUUGGACUAUUGUAGCAAAUUGUCAAUCUGGUUUUUAAAGUGGCAUAUUAAAGUUUUUAUUUUUGUUUUUUUUUAUAAUUAUUAUUAAAUGUCCAAAAGUUAAACUGUAUUGCAACUCUGUAAAACCCUGCAAUAUCUUCUAUAGGAGCUAAUUUUGGUUAGCUACCAAAGACGAGCAAAGUGUUGCCUUCUGCUGUUUGCACUUGCAGAUUUAACGAAUGUAUGCAGUGCAUCAAUUUCUGAUCAUAUAUUUUUGUUGAAUUUUGCUAAAAGGUCUAUAAAUAAAACUUUUUGGUUUUUUCCUUUCUUUUCUAAUUUCUAGUGUCUUCCUUUGUGUGUUAGCAGUUUGGGAGUGGGGGAAUGGGCAAGAGAAGAGAUAUUAUAUGUAAAUAUACAUGGCGGAGUUACAGGUUAGUUGAGCCUAUUUCAUGAACACUACUACUCAAACGUGAUAGGUCUUUACUUGACCCAAAAUAAUUUUAAGAACUCUUCAUGCCAUCUGCCCUUAAAGGGACACUAUAGUCACCAAAAUGACUAUAGCUUAAUGUUGUUUUUCUGGGGAGUACAGCCUGUCCCAGCAGCCUCUUUGCUGUAAACACUUUUUUCAGAGAAGAUACUAUUCAGAUGGCCACUGGAGCUGCACAGAUGUGCAGUGUUUGCACACUUUUUUUUGUUUUUUUUUGUUACCUUUUUAAGGGAGGUAAGGUGAGGCAAGCAACCUCAAUGAUGGUUUUAACAUUAUAGGAUCAGCAUACAUGUUUGUGUUCCUUAGACACGACUAUCAAAAGUGCCACCAUUAAGGCCAUUCAUGCUUUGUUACACCACCAAAACAGAUUUAAAAAAACAAAAAAAAAUGUAAAAUAUAGAUUUGCAAUAAAAAAUACUAAUAAAU